AUGGCUUCGUUGACUCCGCCACAAGCUCCUCCUAGGUGGAAUCACGCCCCGGAAGAAGUGCUGACUAUCAUCAAGCAGGCACUUGCGCAGAAUAAGGCGGUCAGCGACAGAGUCGGUGCUCUCCCGGAGGCUGAGUGCAAUUUCGAAACCCUACCGCUUGCUAAUGCAGAGGCAGAAGCCCUCAUCAUCUGCGAGCCUCUCGGAUUUUACCAGAAUGUCUCCCUCUCUAAAGAACUCCGAGAUGCUUCGAACGAAGCGGAAGCUCUUCAGCGGGAUUUCGAUGUCGAGGAGUCCAUGCGUCUUGAUGUAUUCAAAGCCAAGGCUGCUGCAGAGAACAAUCUGCGCAAAUCAGGUGAAUGGGAGAAGCUGAGCGAUGAGCAACGUAGGCUCGUGGAGAAGAUGGUGUUGGAUGGCAAGAGAGCUGGUCUUGCACUUCCUGAGAAGGACCGCGAGGUGUUGAUGAAGUUGAAGAAGGAGCUCUCGCAAGCUUGCUUGGAUUUUAGCAAAAACUUCAAUGAAGAAGAUGGUAACAUCUCGUUCACGCUUGAAGAGUUGGAUGGAGUCCCGAGCGAUGUCAUCUCGGGCUACACCAAGCGUACUGAGGGCUUGAAGGAAGUCUACGACGUCACUUUCAAAACACCAGAUAUCUCCCCAAUCUUCAAAUUCGCGCAUAACCCAAUCACGCGACGUGAUGCUCAAGAAGCGUUUGAAGACCGACUCAAACAAAAUGUGCCUUUGCUUGAGAAGGCGCUUGACCUCCGUCGGCGCAUCGCGGCGAUGCUUGGCUAUGACACAUGGGCAGACUACGUCACAGAAGUGAAGAUGGUCAAGUCUGGUAAAAACGCUGAGAACUUCCUGGAUGACCUCGAGGCGAAGCUGCGUCCUGUCGGAGAGAAGGAGCGUGAUAUUCUUCUUCAACUCAAGAAGGAGGAACAUCAGAAGCGCGGACUUCCAUUUGAUGGCGAGUUCUAUAUCUGGGACUACAGGUACUAUGAUCGCCUCUAUAUCGAGAAGACACUCGAUCUCGACGAAUCUCUUGUAAAGGAAUAUUUCCCGGUCGCCGUGGUUGUUCCCACGAUCUUGAAAAUAUAUCAGGACCUGCUUGGAGUGAAGUUCGUCGAGAUCAAGGACGACAACGUCUGGCAUCCAGAAGUGCAACAGUUCGCUGUGUGGGACAAGGACGCCAAAGAUGAAUCUGCAUUUGUAGGAUAUUGCUACCUGGAUCUGUUUCCCCGCGCUGCAAAGUACUCUCACGCAGCUGUAUGGGGCCUUCUCCCGGGCUACGAGCUACCAUCGGGCAAAAGUCACUACCCGUUGACGGCAAUGGUGGCGAACCUUGCAAAGCCAACUCCUGACCGGCCCGCUCUAAUGCGACACGACGACGUGACAACAUUUUUCCAUGAGAUGGGCCAUGUCUUCCAUGGAUUACUGAGUCGGACGAAGUACGCGCGAUUCCAUGGUACAUCCGUUGCAAGAGACUUUGUGGAGGCGCCGUCGCAAAUGCUCGAAAAUUGGUGCGUGUGCUGGGAGCCAAAAGUGCUCGAGAAAAUGUCUAGCCACUACGAGACACAGGAGCCGCUGUCGCCGGAAUUGAUAGAUAAGCUGAUAAGGAGUCGCUACGUAAACGUCGGGUUAUUCUACCUUCGGCAGCUGUUCGUUGCCAAGUUUGAUCUUAAAGUGCACGUGGAUAAAGAAGCGGCAGAUUAUACCAAACUCUGGAAUGACCUGCGUGAAUCGAUCUCGCUUGUGAAAGGGGGUAAAGCUCAGCCAGGCCAAGGCACUUUUGGACAUAUCGUUGGAGGCUAUGAUGCAGGUUACUACGGGUACACGUAUUCUCUUGUAUUUGCCGCGGACAUGUAUGCGACGGUUUUUAAGAAGGAUCCGUUGAACCCUGUUUUGGGCAAGCUCUACAGGGACAAGAUCCUCCUGGUGGGAGGUAGUCGGGAUGAAACGGAUUCCCUUGAGGAUUUCCUGGGUCGAUCGCCGAACUCAGAUGCAUUCUUGGAGGAAAUUUUUGGGAAGGUUGCCAACGCAAGCCUGUGAGGAAUGUGUCAAAGCAGUGAGGUCCCCACAACGGAUACAUUACGUAGUUAUGUCAUCCCAGAGAGGUCCUCGCAACGUAUACAAUAGGUAGUCGUGUCAUGGUAUGGAAGACCCAAGAGAAAUUGAAAGUGUAAGAAUCGGGAAGACCACGUGCACGGGGUUUACUGAUUUAGGAAUCCCCCUUGCACUGCCCACCGAGUGAUAGCGAAUAACAAGGACAACUUCCAUACCAGCGACCAACGCGGAAUAUCUAACAGCAGACAUUCCAUAAACCCGAGGUUAAAGUAUAUUGUUGGGUCUAACUCGAUAUUAGGUGUCUAGAGCAGGAACAAGGAUGAACGGGGGAAAAGAAGCAAAGGUGAGUAAUGG